UUCGGUAUUAUGGUCGGAAUAAGAAUCGGGCACACUUAAAAACUGGUGUUUUUUAGAAGAAAUAAUUUAGUUGCAAAUAAACAAAAUAAACCUCUCAGGAUGUCUGCCCUGCGCCGUGACGUUUCGCCCUUUAUCCAGCGCAUUCGGGCCUUCCUGCUAGGCCGGGAGCACAACCUGGCGCUGCGUUUCGAGGACGGAGUGGCCGAUCGCACCCAGCCGCAGCCGGAGCUCCCGGACGGACCGUCGCACCUGCACUCCGCCAACUACUACUGCCAGCGGGAUGCCCGUCGCGAGGUCUUCCCGCCCAUCGACCUGGUGGAGCAGCAGAAGCAGCUGGCGGCCGAGGCCGGAGCAGCGCCAAAGGCCACGUCCUCCAAACUGCCCACUCCGGGCAAGGUCUACGGCUGGGACUAGUAGCCCAACGCCAUAGCCUCUCUACGGAAAUCGCUUUUUUUUUGAGUUGUUCGAGCCGGUUAAAGCUAAUAUAGAAUCCAUUUAAACCGAA